UCUCCUGCUCUCUCAGGGACCGACACGUGGACUCGCUCGCCGCGUGGCGUCAGGAUGUCGGCCGCCGGGAGCAAGCGGGCCGCGAGCGACGCGGGUUCGGGCCCCCCUGAGAAGAAGCCCAACACUGAAGAGAAACCCACCACCACCCUGAUUGAACCUAUCCGGCUUGGGGGAAUCUCCUCCACUGAAGAGAUGGACCUCAAGGUUCUGCAGUUCAAGAACAAGAAGCUGGCGGAGAGGCUGGAGCAGCGACAGGCCAUCGAGGACGAGCUCCGCGAACGCAUCGAGAAACUCGAGAAGCGGCAGGCGACCGACGAUGCCACCCUCCUCAUCGUCAACCGCUACUGGACCCAGCUGGAUGAGAAUGUCCAGGUCCUGCUGCACCGCUACGACUCUCAGCCCGAGGAGCCGCAGGACGGCCCGAAGCAGGAGGCAGAGAUCAGGGACCCCACAGACCCCAGCGAGAUUCCGGAGUGCGAGGGGGAACCGGAGCCAGACAAAGCAGACCCCACACCUCUGCCUUCCUUCACCGGUGAGGAGCUGAACGAGCCGGCCCUCUCUUUCUUGGCCACGCUGGCCAGCAGCAGCAGUGAGGAGAUUGAACUGCAGCUGCAGGACCGCAUGGCCUUCUCCAAGAACGCUGUGGCCCGGAUCGUCGAAGUCUUUGACAAGCUCCACCGCCGCAUCGAGGACCUCUGCCAAAAACUCAACAGCGAAGUCGAGUUUAACGGGCUCGAGGACUGCACGAAGUGUCUGAACAAGGACGUGAUGGGCGAGAACAGACGGCUCCAGGACCUGACCACUCAGCUGCAGGGCAAACACCACAAGAUGUCAAUGGAGUACAACGAGCUGCAGGAUAAGGUGCAAUCGGCAGAGACCAAGGUGUCCGAGAUGGAGACAACCAUCGAGGAUCUGCAGUGGGACAUCGAGAAGCUGCGCAAACGCGAACAGAAACUGAACAAGCACUUGGCCGAGGCCCUAGAGCAGUUGAACUCUGGCUACCACGUGUCUGGCGGUCCAGCGGGCUUUCAGGGCGGACAGAUUACGCUGCAUAUACACAAGUUCGAGAUGCUGAAUGCCGAAUUGGAGGAGAACAAGGAGUUAGCGAACAGCCGCAUGGCCGAGCUGGAGAAGCUGGAGCAGGAGCUGCAGGAGGCUGUGCGUGAGAACGAGAAGCUCAAGGUAGACAUGCGGAACAUUCCGGAAGACUUGGUCAAGGAGACUCCUGAGUACAAGUGCCUUCAGUCGCAGUUCUCUCUGCUGUACAACGAGAGCCUUCAGGUGAAGACGCAGCUGGAUGAGGCCAGAGCUCUGCUCCUCACCACCAAGAAUGCCCACCUUCGCCAGAUUGAGCACAUGGAGAGUGAUGAGCUCAACUUACAGAAGAAACUGCGGACUGAAGUGAUCCAGCUGGAAGACACCCUGGCGCAAGUCCGCAAGGAAUAUGAGAUGUUACGGAUUGAAUUUGAACAGAACCUGGCUGCCAACGAGCAAGCUGGUCCCAUCAAUCGGGAGAUGCGCCACCUCAUCAACAGCCUGCAGAACCACAACCACCAGCUGAAGGGAGACGUGCAGCGAUACAAGAGGAAGCUCCGGGAGGCCCAGACCGAGAUUAACAAGGCUCGCAUGCAGUGCUACCCCAGCCUGGUACCCUCCAGCACCACGACCACCUCCGCAACGGCCCCCACUGCGAGCUGCUCGACUGCCUGCUCCUCCUCUGCCACCUCCGCCACUCCCGUGGACGACAUCAAGGAGGAGGAGGGCACCGAGGCGAAGAAGCCCAAGGAGGCUCCCUCGGCUUCGCCCGCGGCUGUGACAGUGAAGAAGGAGAAGGACCUCAAGGAGCCGCCGGAGGUUAAGGAAGAGGAGCCGCAGCCGGCGGUGGUCAAGAGGGACCCUGACAAACCCAGAGCCAAGGAGAAGGAGCGGGAGAGGGAGCCGGAGCGGGAGAGGGACCGGGACCGGGAGAGGGAGCGGGACCGGGACCGGGAGAGGGAGCGGGACAAGGACCGGGAGAGGGAGCGGGACAAGGACCGGGAGAGGGACAGGGAUCGGGACAGGGACCGGGACCGGGACCGGGACAGGGAACGUGAGAAGGACAAGGAGAAGGAGAAAUCCAAGAUGGAGGAUGCGAAGAAGAAAGACUCGGACAUCCUGAAGCAGCUGAAAGUGGAGCUAAAGAAGGCCCAGGAGAGCCAGAAGGAGAUGAAGCUGCUGCUGGACAUGUACAAGUCGGCCCCCAAGGAGCAGAGGGACAAGGUGCAGCUGAUGGCAGCUGAGAAGAAAGCAAAAGUGGAGGUAGAAGAACUAAAAUUGAAAAUAAAGGACAUGGAGGAGAAGGAGAAGAGGGAGAGCAAGAAACUGGCGGACGAAGACGCACUGAAGAAGAUCAAAUUCGCUGAGGAGCAGAUUGAGCACCUGCAGAAGAAGCUGGCGGCCACCAAGCAGGAGGAGGAGGCCCUCCUGUCUGAGAUGGAUGUGACCGGCCAGGCUUUCGAGGACAUGCAGGAGCAGAACAUCCGGCUGAUGCAGCAGCUCCGGGAGAAGGACGAUGCCAACUUCAAGCUCAUGUCUGAGCGCAUCAAGUCCAACCAGAUCCACAAGCUGCUGAGGGAGGAGAAGGACGAGCUGGCCGACCAGGUCCUCACCCUCAAAACGCAGGUCGAUGCACAGCUCCUGGUGGUGCAGAAGCUGGAGGAGAAGGAACAGGCACUCCAGAGCAACCUGGGCAUGGUGGAGAAGGAGCUGACCCUGAGGAGCCAGGCACUGGAACUCAACAAGAGGAAGGCAGUGGAGGCGGCUCAGCUGGCUGAGGAUCUGAAGGUGCAACUUGAACAUACACAGGGUAAACUGAAGGAGAUACAGGCCGCCAUGUCUGACAACCGCUCCGCCAAGGAGAAGGAAUCCUUCAACCUCAAACGGGCCCAGGAGGACCUGUCCAGGCUGAGACGGAAAUUGGAGAAACAGAAGAAGGUUGAGGUGUUCUCAGAUGCGGACGAGAUCCUGAUGGAGGAGAUUAAGGAGUAUAAGGCCAAGCUGACCUGCCCUUGCUGCAACACCAGGAAGAAGGACGCCGUGCUGACCAAGUGCUUCCACGUCUUCUGCUUCGAGUGCGUCAAGACCCGCUACGACACGCGGCAGCGCAAGUGCCCCAAGUGCAACGCCGCCUUCGGCGCCAAUGACUUCCACCGGAUCUACAUCAGCUGAGGGCGAGCCGGUCCUGGGCGCGCUGGUGAAGAGGGUCAUAUCCCUACCCCGUCCCCCGCCACGCAGCACCGGAGAGCGGGCACCCCCGCAAGGCACCCCCCCCCCCCACCGAACUCGCAGGAGAGCGUCGGAACCCACUCCCCCCAUCCACCCAACUCCAAUCUCCCUCUCCCCCCAUCCACCCAACCCCAAUCUCCCUCUCCCCCCAUCCACCCAACCCCAAUC